CGCACUCCUCCACGUGUGAAGCAGCGCAGUCACAUUGCAGCUCCACGAUGAAGCGACCGAAGUUAAAGAAAGCGAGUAAGCGGGUCUCGUGUUCUAAACGCUAUAAAAUACAGAAAAAGGUCCGGGAACACAACAGAAAGUUAAAGAAGGAGGCCAAGAAGAAUCCAGCGAGCAAACGCGUGAAGAAGGACCUCGGGGUGCCCAGCAGCGCCCCCUUCAAAGAGGAGGUCCUGCGGGAGGCGGAGCAGAGGCGGCUGCAGAUUGAAGGAGAAAAAGAGAAAAAAAGACAAACUAAGAUAGAGGAGCGAGCCCAGAAGAGGAAAAAAGAGGCUGCAAGUAAAGAGAAGGAACCCAAGGCCAAGAAGGCUCGGCAGGAUGUGGUGGAAAAGCUGCCAGAGAAACCGCCUGCCCCCGACAAGAGCUCUCAACACUACCUUUGCUCUGAAUUAAAUAAGGUAAUUGAUGCCUCAGAUGUAAUAAUAGAAGUCCUUGAUGCUCGUGAUCCACUGGGAUGCAGGUGUCCACAGCUGGAGGAGGCGGUGCUGCAGGGGGAAGGCAACAAAAAACUGAUCCUGGUUUUAAGCAAAAUAGAUCUGGUACCAAAGGAGAACGUGGAGCGGUGGAUACAGUGCUUACAACUGGAGUUUCCAGUCGUGGCGUUCAAAGCAUCGACACAAAUCGUGGACAAAACCGUGCGAGCCAGGAAGCGCAGGAUCGUGGCCUCCAAUGAAGUCCUGGACCGAUCCAGAGCGGCGGCCUGCUUUGGAAGCCGUUGUCUCACGGAGCUUCUGGCUAGCUUGGCGUCAAACACACAGACGGAAGCGUCACUCAAAGUGGGCGUAGUUGGGUUUCCCAAUGUGGGGAAAAGUAGUCUCAUCAACAGUAUGAAGGGGAUCCUCGCAUGCAAUGCCGGCGUCAAGAGAGGCAUCACAAAGUCCAUGCAAGAGGUUCACAUCUUGAAGAACGUGAAGUUGAUAGACAGCCCAGGAGUCGUGGCGUCGCCAUCAAACCCGCCUGCCUCCAUGGCUCUGAGGAGCCUGCAGGUGGAGGAGGGCCAAGGCAGUGUCCUGGAGGCAGUCAGGACUCUGCUGAAGCAGUGUGACCACAGCCAGAUCAUGCUUCAGUAUAAUGUCCCAGACUUCAGAAACUCUCUGGAGUUUGUCACCCUUUUCGCCAAAAAGCGUGGCUAUCUGCAGAAGGGUGGCGUCCCGAACACGGCCCAUGCUGCCGCAUCGUUCCUUGCUGACUGGACCGGAGCCACGGUGAGCUACCACUGCAAGGUGCCGGAGAACCUCUGCAAGGCGCCGGAGAACCCCGGUCUCCCUGCAGACACGGCGGUGCAGAGCGGCUGGGAUCUGAACCUUUUGAAAACGGGCAACGAGGAAACUCUGAAAGGCGUUAAAUUCCCAAGCCAGGCCAGCAGCAUCGGCUUCAUCUCGAAAGGCCCGACGGCCGGUCUGCUGAGUGUCGCCGACUCUGAGGAGAAACCUGUUGCUGCGGAGCAGAACAAUGAGCAGCCGUUGCAAAGUGCUGAGGAGACGAAUGAAACACAAGAACCAGAGGAACCACAGCCACUCAAGAGACCAACGGGCCGUGUGCACUUCCAGUCCGUCCCCGCUGGCGGAGAAGCUGACGCCUACGACUUCAACACCGACUUCAAAUGAGCGCGGCUGGCUUUGUCUGCAGUUGGUGCAGACGCACAUUUAUCAGCGUGCACAUGCUGAUGUAAAGAACCCGUGUCGGGUGCCUUGAACGCCUCAUGGCUCAGAGUCCCGUUUGAAAGGUUUCGGGGUCUGCGUUCGUUCCCUUUUAAACUUUGAAUCUGGAAGACGGACAGUUUCCAGACCUGAUCCUAGACGACAUGCCUCAGCCUCAUGUAGUAGUUUGUCUAGGACUCUGUUCCCAGACAUGGACUUCAUCUAUGGUGUGUGUAUAUAUCGACUGGGUUUUAAAUGUCCAGAGGUCAUUUUGUGUUCAUGCAGAAUACUGUAUAUAGACGAUAUACUAUAAAUGUAAUAAAAUCCUCUAAAACCUUAA